UAGACGCAGAUUAGGUUAAUUUCUGCCUCGUUAGACAUGCAUUUCUCAAAGCGUACACAUGGAGAUGGUGCAGCGUGCACCGCUUCCCCAUUAUUUUUCCUCGCCCCACGGUCCACCCUCCCCUCAAUCACCGCAUAAUUACCCGCUCUAAAGUCUACACAAAGAAAAAACACACUGAGUAGGUCACCAGGCAUGGAAACCAACUCAUCCCACUCCCGUACUCUCCCCUCUAUAAAACAAUUCCCUCCCCACCCACACCACUGCCAAUCCAAUUGACCAGUUGCCUUCAUUUUCCUCCCUCUCCUUUUUUCCCCACCAUGGCCUCCUCAGCUAAACUCAUUUCUCUUUUCUUCCUUCUUGGCAUUGCAGUGCUGUUCUGCUCCUCUCUCCCGGUCGAGGCAAGGGAGGUGAAGUCGUUCAGCAAGAUUCCCCGUCACGAGAAAGAAAGCGGCAAGAACGAGACGCCUUCGGAGGAGCUACCGGUGGACCACGGGAGCGGAUACGGCCUCUAUGGCCAGCACGACUCUACGCCCACCACUGUGACUGCCGCCGUCAGUCGGGAAAAUUCAAACACAGUGACAGAGGGCAAGUUUGAUGACAGAUUCGAUGAUGAGUUUGAGGAGGAAGAGGAGUCUGAGACGGAGAAAGUACCUACGGCUCCGGCAUCAACGAGAACGACAAGAACAACCACGGUUUCUAUGCUCGGGAACAACAACAACAACAACAAUGGGCAUAGUGAGAAUUAUUAUGAGAAGUACUACAACAACUACAAAAAUUUUAAGAAUGACAAGUAUACAGAAUCUGCUACCAACUACAACAACAAUGAGCAACAGUACUACGGGAUGAGCGACACAAGGCGGCCGGAGAAUCUCAAGUACGCUUACCGUGGAAACGCACACUCUAACAACAAUAAAUAUCCCACCACCGCCACUACCGCUACCACCACCGCCACUGCUACCAACUACAACAACAAUGAGCAACAGUACUACGGGAUGAGCGACACGAGGCGGCCGGAGAAUCUCAAGUACGCUUACCGUGGAAACGUACACUCGAACAACAACAAAUAUCCCACCACCGCCACUGCUGCUACUGGAUAUAAGCCAUACGGCACAACGGGACAGGGAACUACUGCAAGUACAAGCGGUAAUGGUUAUAAUGGCUAUGUUAAUAACUUUGAUAAUGAGAAAUAUGAGUUCGACAACAUGGAAGAGUACUACAAGACUCAGCAUAUCUUGGACCCCCGGGAUUUUCAGGGACCAUGAGCGAUCUUAGGUAUAUAUAUAUAUAUAUAUAUAUAUAUAUAUAUAUAUGAAUAUGGGUUCAUUUAUUAUGGUACUUCCACAGUUAAUCAACCGAGAGAGAGGUAUUAGGCGUGUAAUUGAAAGUGACCUCCUUAAGUUAUGGGGAAAACUGCAUGUGUGGUUGGAUUUGUUCAUGUUGUAUUAUUUCUGUGUUUUGCAAAUGAGAAAGGAUGAAAGAUAAUGUAUUUUU